CCCUCGCCUCGAAGCUCCGCCCCUUCCUCACUCUCUGGAUUUUGAAUUUCUCAACUCGGGGGAGGUUCGGCUUCCUCCGGCGAGCCGGAUACCCGAAGGAUGAAAACCGAAAAGGAAGCCGCGGGCAGCCCCGCUGCUGAAUCUGAGGGGAGCCUCCAGCUUGUUGUGACGGGCAUUGUGGGAGAGGACUUGCCCGCGGCGAUGCCGUCGCAGAUUAAAAUGGAACCAGAAGAAGGAAACAUGGCGUCUUGGGAAAACCGGUGGCAGAAUUUCCUCAAAGAAGCAGAGUCGUCUUGUUCCAUGUGGGGAAACACCCCAGAGGACUCCUUGGGUGGCUGGGAAGGCCAGCAGGACGUCCUGGGCAGAAGGAUCGUCACCGUCCCGACCGCCUUCAAGCAGGAUGAACAAACCGGCUCUGAGGAAGCCCAUCGUCAGCUCUUCAGGAGGUUCCGCUACCAACCGUCGGAAGGUCCCAGAAUGGCUUGCAAGCGGCUGAGGAAAUUCUGCUGGGGAUGGUUGCAGCCAGAAAGACGCACCAAAGACCAGAUCCUGGAGCUGGUGAUCCUGGAGCAGUUCCUGGAGAUCCUGCCUCGGGAGAUCCAGAGAAAAAUCCGGGGAUAUGGAGCAGAGACCUGCUCGCUGGCGGUAGCGCUGGCGGAGGAGUUCUUGCUGAGGCAGCAAGAGACGGAGCAGCCGGAAGAGGAGGUCCCAAGUCCAGUUGAUGAACAGGCUGGAGAUUUCUGUGAUUUUGGACAGCCGUCCCUGGAGACCCCAGAGAGACCCCCCUAUAAAGAGAUCAAGCCUGAGGGAAACGAAGAAAUUUCUUCAUUAGAAAGCGACCAAGAGACGUAUCCGCCUAUUGAGGAAGAUCAGUCAGUCACUUUUGACAGGUCAGAGAUCAAAGAUGUUGUGGUUGAUUAUCCCGAAGAAGAUGAAACGCAGAAUUCAGAAGAGACGCCCGUUAACGAGCUGGAUGGGGUCAACCUUUGGAGAUUCUCUGUCCCCCCAAGGCAGCACAAAGAUGGGCCAAGGCAUUCCUGCCCCCUUUGCGGGAGAGCGUUUACCCGAAAAUCAAGCCUGAAUAGACAUCUUAUUAUCCAUACCGGAGAGAAGCCCUACAAAUGUUCUCACUGUGGGAAAAGCUUCAAUCGGAAGACCAAUCUGCUCUCCCACGAGAUGGUCCACGCCAGGGACAAGUCGUAUCAGUGUUCGGAUUGUGGGAAAAACUUCAAACCGAAGUGGGGUGUCAACGCCUACCAGAUAGACCACACCGGAGAGAAGGUGUACAAGUGCAUUUCUUGCAAGAAGAGCUUCAGGCAGAGAUUGGAACUGGGGAGACUGUUGAACGGGCAGAAGAAGGAGAUGGCCGCAGGACAGUUGAAAGGGGAGUGGAAAGAUGGAGUCUUUGGUCCUCUAGAAGAACAGGAGAAGCAGGUGGAAGGCGAGGUCGCAGAAGAAAAAAACAUAGCCACAAUAGGUCCCUAUGACGACCUCGAUAAACUUCACAGCUCGCCGGCGUUGUAUAAGGGAAGGCAGGGCAGCCCCUGCCCGAUUUGUGGGAAGGUCUUCGCCACGCAGUCGAGUGUGAAUCGACACAAGAGAAUCCACACCGGAGAGAAGCCGUAUCAGUGCUCCGACUGUGGGAGAAGCUUUAACCAGAAGACGACUCUCCUAACCCACAUUGUGAUCCACACUGAGCAGAAGCCAUAUCAGUGCUCCGAGUGUGGGAAACACUUCCGGCAUUCCUCGGGCCUGUUGGUGCACCAGAGGAUGCACACGGGAGAGAAGCCCUACAAGUGCGCCAUCUGCCGGAAGAACUUCACCCAGCGUGCACACGUGGUCAAGCACUUUGUGAGAAAGCACGCGCGCGAGAAACCGUCAGCUUACCUUUCUCAGCCCCCACAGUAAUGGCGGGCAGCUGGAAUAAGAUGGCACUCUUUCACCUUUUAGUUUGGAAAUUGAUUUCUCCUCAGGAGCCCCUCCUUCCUGUCCUCACCACUUUUGUUUCCUUGUCGUUUGCAGCACUGAGCACUUAAACCAGGAAUGCACGACCCGCAGCCUCAAGUCGCAAGGGGUGGGGGUGCCGUUUUGCAGGAGAAACACUCAAAUUAAGACCUAAAAUAGACUUGACUGUGCUUUAAAAUGGCUCCUCCGGAAACUCGGCUGGAGGGGGAGAAGGGAAAGAUGGAAAGAUGGAACUGUCAGCUGCCUCAGCGAAAUUGCUGAGUCCGUGAAACAGGUGCUGAGGCGAAGGUUCCCAAAGGCAGUGAAACAACAUCUUAACUGUAUGGGUAGUCCUUGCUUACUGACUGCUUUAUUCAGUGACCAGUCAAAGUUACAUCAGUGCUGAAAAGCUAACUUUGCGACUGGGGUCUGCACUUAACGACCUUCAAAGCGUUCCUCGAUCAUGUGUUCGCUCUUACAGUCAGUAUGCUUUGUCCUGUGCCUGACCCGUUGUUUUUCUUUUUUUUUCCCCCUUCUCCUUUGCAGGUUGGAGAAAUUGGAGAAGUUUACAAGAGAGCAAGCAGGCACACAAUGGGGAAUACACAUUGAAAGCAAUAUAUAUGGCCAUAGCAGCCAGUAUAUUCUCCAUUGUGUACCUGCUUACUCUCUUGUAAUCCCAUUCUCUUCAAACUCUCUACUGUAUAAGUGGGGUGGGGAGAAAACAGGUCAGGCAUAGGAGAGCCUGCCUACAGAAAACCUUUUUUUUAUGCCCCUUUACAGAAAGGAGAGAUUGGAGAUGAAAGGAUUACAAGAGAAUAAGCAGGGCAGACAAUGGGGAAUACUUUGGGCUGUUUACAUAGUCAGUAUCAAGAGAUUGAUUUCAAUGUGUAUUCCCUAUUGUUUGCGUACUCCUUUACAAUCCCUUUCUCUCCAGUGAAUAUAAAUAUAUACAUUAAUUCCCUUUUUUCUUAUUAUCCCAGUGCCGGGCUUAGCAUUCCAAAGGGUCGGGGGAAAUAGAGGAAACAGAAGCCCAGUGACAGUCAUGUGAUUUCCCACUUAGCGACCACUUCACUUAACAACAGCUGUUGGUCCCAAUUGUGGGAGCUAAACUUGGACUACCUGGGUUCCAGACUACGGUAGCCAUAUCAAAGAGUUGGCAAGUUUUUGAGUGAAUGGGAAUGACUGCAAUGUGUAACUGGUUGUAGGUAACCCUGGGGUUCUUUUUGCACUGCAGCUUUUUCAGAUGAAAUGCUUGGUUUUUAUGUUAGUUUUUAGGUAUCCCUUAGUAUAUGUGUGGAGAGGAGAGAUGAAAAUGUGUAACAUUGUGACAUAAGCCCCCACCCCUUUAGUAUAUGUGCCAGGACAUACGCACAUAAGAAAGGGACACAGCUUGCUGUGCAAUGCUGCCACGCUGCUUUCAUCAUGUUGAUUUGGGUUCACCUGUAACACUUUUUAAUACUUUUUUAAAAUUUUGAAUUUUCACGAGAACUUCAAACAUUUACAUAGUGCUGGUACAAUUUUAACAGGCCCUUAAUUUUCGGAUGACAAACUGUUUCCCAGACGCUGUGCUAAUACUGUUGCUUAACCGUGGCGAUUUGAAGAGGUGGGUACUUCAGCAUGGGGAAUCCGUCUUCUGAAAUGUUAUCUAGACAUUUUUAUUCUUUAGCAUUGACUGAUGUGGCUGCUAUAAGUAGGGAACUGAAUGACUUUUUAAACUUGGCUGUUUCUUAUCCCAGCCAUCAAAUAUGUAUAGCAAACUUCACUUUGGAAAGAAAUUGAAUCUAUUGUUAUGUUUACUCAAUUAUCAUUAACGUAACCCGAUGCUUGUUUUCAUCCUCUGCAUUCCUGCGUUCCUGCUGAAUUAGGUUGAAAAUAUUUCAGCCCUUUGACUAAUUUCUCAGAAAUUAGUUUCAAUUUGGUUCUCUGUUGCAAGUAAGUGAUGGGCACAAUCUUUGUCAAUGGAGGGGGAAGGUAGAAAUUUGUUACUCUUGGCAGAAGCUGAUUAGAAUAAACCUAAUGGGAACAUUGGAUCAGA